AUGAAUACCAUCGCCACUCUUGUCAUUGUAGCUGCUUCAUUGGCUGUAGUAACCGCUGGUGGUUAUGGCGGCGGUAGUCCUGCUGCUUCUAUUCCCGCUCCUCCCUGCCCCAAAAACUACUUGUUCAGUUGUCAACCUAAUUUGGCUCCCGCUCCCUGUGCUCCUCCAGCAGCUGGUUCGGCUGGUGCUUACUCAGAGAAUAUACCAACUAUUAUUACCGCUCCUUACGGUUACCAGGGUUUGCCACAACAGCUAAAUCAAUAUCCCAACUAUUAUGGACAAUUUAUGGGUGGCAAUUAA